UUCUUUUCCGGUUUCGGCUUUGGGGUAAAACUUACCUCUCUGUUCGAAUUUUCUCUUCUCUCUCUCUCUCCAAAGUUUCAUCGCCAUGACUCUUUCUUCAUCCGCAAAUCGAGAUUAUUCUGAGAAAAAGGGGAAGAGUUCUUAUUUUGAUCUGCCGUCAAUGGACAUCACUGAUGCAUUUCCUCAAGCAACUCCGGCGUCUAAAUUUCCUCCAUGCACUUCAGACUACUAUCAUUUCAAUGAUCUAUUGACUCCGGAGGAACAGGCUAUUCGGAAGAAAGUGAGGGAAUGCAUGGAGAAAGAAGUAGCUCCGAUAAUGGCGGAGUACUGGGAGAAGGCAGAGUUCCCUUUCCAUAUCGUCCCAAAGCUUGGGGCGCUGCGUGUUGCUGGUGGGACAAUCAAGGGAUAUGGUUGUCCUGGUCUCUCCAUCACUGCCACCGCAAUUGCAACAGCAGAAAUCGCUAGAGUUGAUGCAAGCUGUUCGACUUUCGUUUUGGUGCAUUCUUCUCUGGCAAUGCUUACAAUUGCCCUCUGUGGAUCAGAUGCACAGAAGCAGAAGUAUUUGCCUUCUCUGGCUCAGCUGAAUACAGUCGCAUGCUGGGCUUUGACAGAGCCUGACUAUGGGAGUGAUGCAAGCGGUCUUAGGACAACUGCCACAAAGGUUGAAGGGGGUUGGAUACUGGAGGGGCAAAAACGGUGGAUAGGAAACAGCACCUUUGCUGAUUUAUUGAUCAUCUUCGCCAGAAAUACAACAACCAACCAAAUCAAUGGAUUCAUAGUCAAGAAAGACGCCCCUGGUUUAACAGCUACAAAAAUUCCAAAUAAAAUAGGUUUACGUAUUGUUCAAAACGGGGACAUCCUCCUGCAGAAAGUCUUUGUGCCGGACGAGGACUGGAUAACUGGGGUCAACUCGUUCCAAGACACCAACAAGGUGCUGGCCGUGUCACGUGUAAUGGUGGCGUGGCAACCAAUUGGCAUAUCUAUGGGAAUCUACGAUAUGUGUCACAGGUACUUGAAGGAGAGGAAACAGUUUGGAGCACCGUUGGCAGCUUUCCAGAUAAACCAACAGAAGCUUGUACAGAUGCUGGGUAAUGUUCAGGCCAUGUUUCUGAUGGGUUGGCGCCUCUGCAAGUUAUAUGAGAAGGGCGAGAUGACUCCUGGUCAAGCCAGCUUAGGAAAGGCAUGGAUUACGACGAAAGCGAGGGAGACUGCUUCUCUCGGACGGGAGCUGCUCGGUGGCAACGGAAUUUUGGCAGAUUUUCUGGUCGCCAAGGCGUUCUGUGAUCUGGAGCCCAUCUAUACGUACGAAGGGACUUACGAUAUCAACAGCUUAGUAACUGGACGCGAAGUGACUGGCCUUGCUAGCUUCAAGCCUUACGUCUCUAGGAGCCGACUUUAAAAGAGAGUGGUUUUCCUCCCCUUUUAUCAUAUUAUUAUCACCAAAAACUCGGUUUCAUGUAAAAUAAUGGGGGUAAAUUUCAGCGUCUUCCUCUCGUCUGUUCAAUGAAAUUUCCUACGAGACUUGAAGGAUUUUAUGGGGUU